CCCAACCCACCAAAUCUAACCAAACAACUAAUUGCCGUUUUGAGCAACAUGGGUCUGUCGUUCCGGGUCAAGUGCCAUAACUCAUUUGCGGCAUCAUCUCCAUUAACGCCAUUAGUCAACUCGCUUCUACCCAGAAAACUUCAUUUCAGUCAACUCGAAUUCCAGCCCCUAAGAAAAUCAUGGUCCAUCUCCACGAAAAGACGGCUGCCGGCGGUGGUCGUGACGGCGGCUUCCGGUCAUUUAGCUGCUCCGUUUGGAGAAUCGUGGAAACCGGAGAAGGUCUCAUCCCCACCUUCACUCAGUGACAUUAUUUGGCCUUCUGCAGGCGCAUUUGCAGCAAUGGCGAUAUUGGGAAAGAUAGAUCAAAUUCUAGGACCUAAAGGAUUUUCAAUGACGAUUGCACCAUUAGGGGCUGUUUGUGCUGUUCUAUUUACUUCUCCUUCCUCACCUGCAGCUCGGAAAUACAACAUGUUCAUGGCUCAGAUUGGGUGUGCGGCGUUUGGAGUUUUGGCAUUGUGUUUAUUUGGCGCCGGAUGGCUUGCUAGGAGUGCGGCACUCGCUGCCUCCAUAGCUUUCAUGGUCUACUUCCGUGCCUCACAUCCACCUGCUGCAAGUCUGCCCAUUUUGUUCAUUGAUGGAGCCAAGUUUCACCAUUUGAAUUUCUGGUACGCUUUGUUUCCUGGUGCUGCCGGAUGCAUUAUCCUCUCUUUAAUUCAAGAGAUUGUGUGUUACUUGAAGGACAAUGUGAAGUUUUGAUAUCUGAAGAAAAAGUUGCAAGAUCCCAGUUCUUCUUCCUCCAUUAAAAGGCUGACAGGUAUGGACACUGAGGAACAAAAAAAAGUGUAUAGAUUGAUUGGCACAUAUAUAUUAGAGUGGGAUCCUGUCUUUUGGGUGUCAAAAAAGAUAGAAUGUAAUCAGUAGAGAGUAUUUUGCAGCCUUUGAUUGUGUAAUAAGCCAGCUGGGUUGGUUGUAAUUGUAGAAAGCCCACAAAACUGUACAAUAAUUUGAGAUGCAAGAACUUGCAGAUUUCAUCUUCAUAAUAUAAUAA